AUGACUGCAAUUACUACUGCGCCAACCACACCGUUAUUAAUCUAUGGUUCCGUCAUUCAGUCAGCUAGUGUGGACGAUCUUGAAUAUGUCGAACAAGGCUUUCUAGUUAUCCAAUCUGGCAAGAUCCUUCACUAUCAGAAGAACGUCAAGAAGGAUGACAUUCCUAGCAUACUUGAAAGUCUUGACCUCAAAGCCCUUCUCCCCAGUGUUCGCCAUCUGAAAAGAGGUCAAUUUGUUAUUCCUGGCUUCGUCGAUACUCAUAAUCACGCACCUCAAUGGGCUCAGCGUGGCUUAGGGCGGGGACUGGAGAUUCUGGAUUGGUUGGAUCAAGUUACAUUUCCAAAUGAGGCGAAGUUCGAAGAUUCCGAACAUGCUCGACGUAUUUACAGUUCGUGCGUUGACGGAUUCAUUAAGCAAGGCAUCACCACUGUAUCAUACUAUGGGUCUUUGCAUGGUGAAGCGACAAAGAUAUUAGCAAAUAUUUGUUUCGAAAAAGGACAACGAGCUUUCGUAGGGAAAUGCAAUAUGAACCGCAAUUCACCUCCUUAUUACACAGAUGCAUCCGCUGAAUCCUCUCUUGAAGUUACAAGGGACUUUAUCUCCUACGUUCGACACAUUGAUCCCAAUUUUGAUUUGGUCAGCCCUGUUCUUACUCCUCGAUUUGCAAUUUCUUGUACCGAUGAACUUCUUGCGGGCAUUGGACAGAUAGCGAAAGCCAAUCCUACAUUACCCAUCCAAACUCAUUUUUGCGAGGCGGAGUCCGAAAAAUCUACUACGUUAUCUCUGUUUCCAUCGUUUACAAACGAAGCGGAUCUAUAUGAAAGUUUCAACCUGCUCUCUAAGCGUUCCAUUCUUGCACACUGUACCAUAAUGACAGACUACGAGAUAGAGCGUAUUGCUGCACUUGAUUGUGGGGUAGCACAUUGUCCAAUUUCUAAUACCACGGUUGGUGGUGGAUUCAUGGCAGCACCAAUUCGCGAAUAUCUUCGUCGUGGUAUCAAGGUUGGUCUAGGAACUGACAGUGGUGGUGGAUUCUCUUCCUCAAUCUUGGAUGCUAUGCGACAAGCUUUCAUAGUAUCUAAUGCGAAAGAUUUCCUCACUAAAGGUGCUGAUCCAAGAUUGUCACUGGCUGAAUGUUUCUAUCUUGCUACGCUUGGUGGUGCUCGAGUUUGUUGUCUGGAUCAUGAGAUUGGCGACUUUUCCAAUGGAAAGCAAUUUGAUGCUUUGAUUAUUGACACAGAAAAGGAUGGAGCAAUGACUAUGGUUGAUGACAAAGACACACUUCCGGUUCUUUUCGAGAAAUUUUUGAUGAGCGGAGACGAUCGAAAUAUUGUCGAGGUUUAUGUUAAAGGAAGACAGAUUAAAUUCUGA